GUACGUAUCUUUGAUGAGAUGACAACCAACCAGAAAGUGAUGUUGCUCAGAAUCCAAUGCCCCAGGAAACCAUGCCCGAAAUGGAAGGGACGUAAACAUGUCAAGAACCUGACCAAAGUUCCCCCCACCUUCAAGAACAGCCAUCCCUACCUACAACCACGUCGUCCCGAAUCGCGUCGCAAAGCUUUCGAUUGUAUCAUCUACUGUCGGAAAACAGAACCUAGUACAAUAGACAGCAAAUUUAGCGACUAGCAUCAAGAAUGUCACGAAAAAGCGUCAUGUCGUCCACAUUCGAGCCCUCGCUCUCGACUAGCCGACAGCCCCUCGGACCAUCGCUCGCCGAUACCCUACCCAGCAUCAACUUUGGUUUCGAUGAGUUGCGCGAUCGCAUGGCCAAGUUCACGGCAAAAUUUGACGCUUUUAUUGAGCAAGGGCGCAAGCGCGUGCUAGAGGAGAGGAACCAGUUUAGGAUGAACGUGGCAGAGCUCCAGGAGGACCAGCGUAUGAAGAAAAAGGACAUUGAAAUUCUCCAACUCAAAACCAACACCUACCAACAGACCAUGGCCAAGGAGGCCGCCGAAACACGCGAAAUGCAAGCCGCCAUCGCUUCGCUCACCGAGCAGCGGGAUAAACAAGCCGCGAUGCGUGACGCUUUGAAAGAGCAAAUUGCCGCCACACAGAGGGAGAUUGAUGCGCGUCUAGCAGCGCAAAGGGCGCACGCUGCGCAACUGGAGGCGCAGGCGAGGUACAACGUGCCAGAGCUGGAUUUCUGGGUAACGAACCUGUGCAUGCGGAUCGAGGGUGCCGGAGCAGAGGACAGGCUCAAGUUUGUCUAUACGCACAUUGAUGAGAGGAACUGGGAGCGAGAGGCUUGGUUCGAGUUGAGCAUGAGUGGGAGGGACUACGACGUGAGGCAUUGUAGGCCAAAGCUGGAACGAGAAAAGGUCGAAAAAGUGCUGGACCGGGUAAACGAGACUAGGGAGCUCGUAGUGCUACUUAAGGGCAUGAGAGAAUUGUUUGUUGAGGCCAUGAAAUCUUGAUUCCAGUUCAGCUGGCCUGGAUCGAGAGUUUGGAUAGUUGCGGUUAGAUACCCCGAAUAUUGGACGUCCUGGCAUGUAGAUGCCAGUGGACUUGGAUUGAACGAUUUCAGGAUGUAUUUGGUUUCCCGUCACUGCUUCUAUCAUCAUGCGAGUGUUGCCUGCUUGCGUAGAUGUACCUAGGUAUGGUGAGCUA